GUGUUUCAGCGUGACGCUCAGCGGAAGUAAAACAAAACGGCUCCAGCAGCAGCUUGUGUUGUCUUGUUGUCUUUUAGCUAAAUAUUCAGUAACAAUGUCUUCAUUUCAGCAGCUGAGGGAUUUUAUCAGACAGAGACUAACUGCUGCUGCGGAAGAAAUCUUCACUCAGGUAGAAAAAACCAUCUUCCGCUACGAGGAGGAGAUUAAACUGCUGGAAAAAUGCUGGAAACCUCAGAUAAAACUCACCAGAAUCGACGAGCCAAAGCAGCAUGUCACCAAUACGAAAGACCCAGAGCUUUGGGUCGGUCAGAACCUCAAGAAGAAACCAGAACCUAAAAAAAUUAGACAGAACCAGCAGGAACCAGAACCUCAUUGUAUUGGAGGGAAACAUGAUCAUAUUCAGAUUAAAGACCAGAAGGAACCAGAGUUUGGAGAAACGGUGAUCCAGUACCAAGAGGAGAUCAGAAAGCUGGAUAUCUGCUGGAAUCAGCUCACCGGAACCGACUUCCCAAAGCAACAAGUCUGGAAGGAAGAGGACGUUCUCAAUGACCAGAGGGAACCAGAACCGCCACAGUUUACAGAAGAACCAGAAAAUGGACCGUCAGAUUCAGAUUAUCUGCAGUGUGAAGAGGACCAGAAGAAUCCAGAAGGUUUGGGUGUGAAGGUGGAUGAGGAGGAUGUAGAUCUUCCUCAGUUUGAGGAUGAACCUCCAGAACCUCCAGAGUUUGAAGAUGGUGAAAUAAAUUCAGAGUUUAUGGAUAUUAAAAAGGAUCCGGAAGAACCUAUGAAGAUCAAAGAAGACCAAGAAAAACUAGAACCUCCAGAGUUUGAAGAGAAACUAGAGAACCCAGAAGGUUUAAAGGUUAAAGCGGACGAGAGAGAUCCAGAACCUCCACAAAUUAAAGUCAAACAGGAGGAACCAGAACCUCCACGGUCUGACGGUGAACAUGAGCAACCAGAACCAGAACCUCCACGGUCUGACGGUGAACAUGAGCAACCAGAACCAGAACCUCCACGGUCUGAUGGUGAACAUGAGCAACCAGAACCUCCACGGUCUGACGGUGAACAUGAGAAACCUCAGUGGCUCACUUUCCUGAUCCAGAGCAGCCAGCAGAUCCAGCAGCUGUUAUCGACGUGUGAAUCCAACGCCUUUAUGGACUCGUUGCCUUCUGAUCAACCAGAACCAGACAAGGAACAGCUUCACCAUCAGAACCGUCCAGAACUUCAGCACCGUUUCUACUCAGGUGCAACGCUGGAUACUGAGCAGAUCACAGAGGAACGUAAUGGAUCAGAACCGCCACCUGUCCAGCAGGAGAGGAAGAAGCUCUGCAGCGGCUGGGAGGCAGAACAGUUUAUGGCAGCAGGGUCUCAGGAACAUGGCUGGAUUGGACCAGAACCAGAACCAGAGCAGUUUCAGUGUCAGAACCCUGCAGAGGAGCAGCAAACUUUUAUCGACCUUAAAACUAUUUAUUCAUGCGAUUCUGAGCAGAUGCAAGAGGAACCAGAACCUCCACGUUUUCAGCAGCAGGAAUCAGUCAGGAGUUGGGAGGAGAAACUUCUAAUGGCCUCAACUUGUCAACAACAUGGCUGGUUUCAGCCAGAACCAGGCGCUGGUCCGCUUCACUGUCAGAACUCGCCAGAAGAUCACCACAGAUUCAUGGAGCUUUACGGUUUCUACUCCGGUGUGAUACCAGGUCAGGAGCAGUAUGGAUCAGAACCUGUCCAGCAGCAGCAAAAGAACCCAGACUGGGAGCAGCAGGUCGCUCCGACCCGACCUGCAGCUGAGGACCAGAACCAGGAAGGAACCAGCUCUGCAGGGUCAGAGCGUCGUUCUCACACCAACACUGUGAAGUUCAGUAAAUGCUACGUGUGCAGUGCCGUAGUGAAAUCUCAGAGUUUGAAUCAGCAUCUAAAGACGCAUCCGGGUGUGAAACCGUAUGUUUGCAAGCGCUGUGGAGAACGCUUCGCCCAACAUGCUCGCCUGAGGGACCACAAGAUGACCCACCUGGUGGACGACCUGAAAGCUCGGCAGCUAGCCGGAGUCAAAAGCAGACAGAAGAACUUCUUCUGCGAAAUAUGCAAGCGAGGCUUUGCUGAACUUGCUUUUCUAAAAAAUCACUACAAAGCUCACAAGUGGGAGCAGCCAUUUUGUGAAACCUGUGGGAAACAUUUCACUUCUGAAUAUUCACUCAAGUCUCACCUGAAAAUACACCAGAGGAAACGUGCAAAGCCAUUUUACUGUGGGUUAUGCAAGAAAAGGUUUGCUUGUCAUUCAACCAAGAAAUCCCACAUGAAGAGGCACAAAGAACAGGAACCCAUAUCGUAUAAAACAUGGCGGGAAACGUCCAACACCACAAAGCCAUUAGUUAACCACCGAGAAACUUCCUCAGCUGCUGAGACUUUGUUUUGUAGAAUAUGCAAAAUACUUUUUCUUUAUAGGACUUCUUAUAUUGCCCACAUGAAGUCCCACAAAAGUCCGGCCAACAAAUGUCGCAAAUGUGGGAAAAGUUUUAAAGAUAAACAGAAGCUGGCAGCCCACAGGAAGUCCCACAAGAAGAAACCAACCUUAAAUUGUAGCAAAUGUGGGAAAAGUUUUAAAGAUAAACAGAAGCUGGCAGCCCACAGGAAGUCCCACAAGAAGAAACCAACCUUAAAUUGUAGCAAAUGUGGGAAAAGAUUUCAAGAUAAAUCUGAAGUAGGUGCCCACAUGAGAAGCUGUGGAAAGCUCUAUGGAUGUGAGGAAUGUGAAAAUAGGUUUUCCUCAUGGAAGGGAGUCAGACGCCACCAGAAAGGUGGACAUUGCAGGGGAAAAGUUCAGUCUGUGAACUAGUUUGUUUAUGUU